AUGGCUAACCGUCCUCCAAACCCUCGACUUGGCUCGAUCAACCCUGUCUUUGAUCCCAAGAACACCGAGAUUCCUGUCACCCCGGCUGUGGAUGUUACUGGCCGCACCUCUUUCUUUCAACACCAUAAGAUCUCUUCGCCUGAGGUCGACACCCCUGAAGAUCAGAACGAUGGUGCUGGAGAAGACGUGCUUCGUCGCCUAAGUCUGAAGGGACAUCAGCAAACCACUGACCAAGCUGAUGCCGACCCCAAGGCCGCUCACCCGAGCUUGAACCUCAGCGGCCAAGUCAUCAGCGCCUUCUUUACUGUACCUCACAAGAUCGGCUAUGCUUCAGGAUCGGAUUGGGACCUCCAGAGUCGCAGAGGCACAUCUGCACUGUUCGACUCGUUUGCUCAUCUGUCAUCGCACGAUUCUCCCUGGAACCACACCCUUGUGGGCUGGACUGGAGAAAUUCAGCCAAAGACUCGCAAUGGCGUUUUCAUGGACGAAAACAACGUGUCCUCGAUGAACGUAGCACCUCUCAACAAGGCCUCCGCGCCCAUUCCUGUGGAUUCGAAUGUUCCUGCACCCGAACCUGGCUCAACCGAAGGUAUGCGGAUUAGCAAGGACGAUCGCCAGAAACUGGAGAGAAUCCUCGACCGUGAUCCGCAAGGCAGAACCAUCCCUGUAUGGCUGGCCGAUGAGAUGGAUGGCGAUGUUGCUGUCAUGAAGGACCAAGCCAGAUGGCGCCGUUAUGCGGAGCACGAGCUCUACACUCUGUUCCACUACAAGCAGAACGAGCCCACUGAUGGUCGCUCCAUUCGUAAAGCCUGGGCCGAUUACUUCCGCUUGAACAAGGCUUUCGCUGACACCAUCCUCUCGACAUACAAGCCCGGAGACAUUGUACUGAUCCACGACUACCACUUGCUUUUGCUCCCAGGCCUUCUCCGCCAACGUAUACCUAACAUCUAUAUCGGUUUCUACCUUCACGUGCCAUUCCCAAGUAGCGAGUUCUACCGCUGCUUGAGCAGAAGAAAGGAUAUUCUCGAGGGUGUUCUUGGAGCCAAUAUGGUCGGCUUCCAAGCCUUCAGCUACUCUCGUCACUUUUCUUCCUGCUGUACAAGAGUCCUUGGGUUCGAUUCUUCAGCAAAUGGAGUCGACGCCUACGGAGCCCACGUUGCUGUUGAAGUGCUUCCAAUUGGUAUCAACGCAGCCAAGACUCACGAAAUGGCAUUCAAUGAUGCUGCGGUCGACGAGAAGAUUGCCGGCAUUAGAGAGUUGUAUGCCGGUAAGAAGAUCAUUGUUGGUCGUGAUCGUCUGGACUCUGUUCGUGGUGUUGCUCAGAAAUUGCAAGCCUACGAGAUCUUCUUGGAGCGCCACCCCGAGUGGCACGAUAAGGUUGUCCUGAUCCAGGUGACUAGUCCCACAAGUGUCGAAGACAAGGAAGAAGGUACGGAUAGGACCGCCAACAAGAUCUCCGACUUGGUUGCAAGAAUCAACGGCACUUACGGAUCUUUGAGCUUCACCCCCGUUCAGCAUUAUCCUCAAUACCUGUCGAGAGAAGAGUACUUUGCGCUCCUCCGCAUCGCCGAUGUUGGACUGAUCACGAGUGUCCGUGAUGGUAUGAACACUACUGCUCUCGAAUAUGUCAUCUGCCAAAAGGACAACCACGGACCCCUGAUCAUCUCCGAGUUCUCUGGAACCGCUGGCAGCUUGGGCAAUGCCACCCACAUCAACCCCUGGGAUCUGGGAGGCACCGCAGACGAGAUUCACCAAGCCUUGGUCAUGGACCCCAGGCAAAAAUACCAAAUGCACAAGAAGUUGUACAGAAGCGUCACAACCAACACUGUGCAGACAUGGACAAAUAACUACGUCAAGCGUUUGCUUACCAACCUCACCUCGUUCAACCAAGCAAUUGCCACGCCUGCCUUGGAUAAGACCAAGCUCCUCACUCAGUACCGCCAGUCGGAGAAGCGCUUGUUCAUGUUUGACUACGAUGGUACCUUGACCCCGAUUGUAAAGGAUCCUCAAGCAGCUAUUCCCUCCGAUCGUGUCAUUCGUACUCUCAAGACGCUGGCCUCCGAUCCUCGCAACGCUGUCUGGAUCAUCAGUGGCCGUGAUCAGGCUUUCCUGGACGAGUGGAUGGGUCACAUCUCGGAACUCGGUCUCAGUGCCGAGCACGGUAGUUUCCUACGUAAGCCCAAGAGCGAGCACUGGGAGAACUUGACCGAGAAGGAGGAUAUGUCUUGGCAACAAAAGGUCAUCGACACCUUCCAGCACUACACCGAGCGCACUCAAGGCAGUUUCAUCGAACGCAAGAAGAUUGCUCUGACCUGGCAUUACCGUCGUGCAGACCCAGACUGGGGCGUGCACCAGGCUAAUGAAUGCCGUAAGCUGUUGGAGAAUACUGUCGCUAAGGAGUUUGAUGUCGAGGUCAUGCCAGGCAAGGCUAACUUAGAGGUCCGCCCCAAGUUCGUCAACAAGGGUGAAAUCGCCAAGCGUCUGGUCGAAGCGUACGGUCACGAGAAGGGCCAGGCACCUGAGUUUGUCCUGUGUCUGGGAGAUGACUUUACUGAUGAAGAUAUGUUCAGAUCUCUCAGCAACUCGAGACUGCCCAAGGAGCACGUCUUCUCAGUCACGGUGGGCGCAAGCUCAAAGCAGACUCUUGCCAGCUGGCACUUGCUUGAGCCAUCGGAUGUCAUCUCGGCCGUUGCUAUGCUCAACGGCUCUGUUGAUGCACCCAAUGUUGGACCAGUUGCUGUAGUAGAGGGAAGUGUUCCCGAGCCUCGCGGCGCAUAG